UUUGUUUCUGUUUUUGUUUGGAUCUUGGAGAUGUUUGCAGAUUUUUGGAUCAAAGUUCUCCUAAAGUCUUUCAGCUGCUGCCCAUCAUGUGCAAGUCAGACAGCUACGUGCUCGAUGAGAGCUUCAAUCCGGAAGAGUUUGUCGCCGACAUCAAAAAGGCCAAGGCCGCCGUCGGAGAGGCCACCGAGGAGGAUGCUCAGCACCUUCACCGUUUGGUCCUGAUCUCCCAGGUCCUGCUCUAUGGUGGCCACCUCUUUUUGCUGCUGGGUGCGGCCAUGCCUUGGAUGGCGGCAUUGCUGCUCUGUGGGCUAGGUGCCUGCAUGAUUGCCUUCGCCCGGUGCAUGAAAUGGGCCAUCAUUGGACACCAUAUUUCCCACGGUGGCUACGACAGCUUGCAGAAGAACCAUCCCAAUGCCUUGCCGGCACACUACAAGCGGGGUGUCUUUGCCGUUGGCAUCCGACGCUUCUUCGACUGGCUGGACUGGAUGCUGCCUCAGGCUUGGGAUGUGGAGCACAACAAGGCUCACCACUACUACCUCUCUGAGGAGAAAGAUCCAGACUUGGUGGAGCACAACUUCGAGAUGCUGCGCAAGUUCCCUUUGCCCAAGAGCAUGAAGUAUGUCUCCAUGUUGCUCUGGGUCUUCACCUGGAAGCUCACCUAUUACUCUCCCAACACCUACAAGGAGCUCAUGCUCUCCAAGAAGGAGGGCUGGUUGGCACGGAACUGGCCCAGCUGGUCCAAGAAGACGGACCCUGUGGUGAUCUUUGAUGUUUUCAGGAUGCCAGGUGAGGCUUUGAUCAGAGGAAAGGUCAUGGAUGCCUUCUUCUGGUUGGUCUUCUUUGCGCAGUGGAGCACAGCAAUAUUCCCAAUGCUCAUUUCCGUUCUGCUCCCUGCAGCAUGGCCACUCUUGCUGGGCAGGGCUGGGCUUUGGUUUGGGGCCACUACGGCAGGGCAGGCCGCGAUUCGAGCAUUGAUUACUUCCCUAGUGGCAGACAUGCUGUCGAAUGCACAUGCCUUCGUGAUCAUUGCUUGCAACCACUCAGGUGGUGAUCUCUACCGAUACUCCACAUCUUGCAAGGCCUACUCGGCAGAGUUUCUGCUUCGCUGCACCUAUUCCUCAGCCAACUUCGAGUGCGGCAAUGAUCUCAUUGACAUCGUCUACGGAUGGCUCAACUACCAAAUUGAGCACCACAUGUACCCUGACAUGACGCCGCUGCAGUACAGGAAGUUCCAGCCACUUGUGAAAAGCAUUUGCAAGAAGCAUGGUGUGAUGUACGUCCAGCAAAAUGCAUUGAAGCGCACCUGGAUGAUGUUCCAAGUGGCAGUUGGAGAUGCACAGAUGAAGCGGUGCACCGCGCUGGUGCCCCCAAAAGCCUAUGAAAAGUCCAAGAUUGAAACGUCCGCUGAGGAGAGUGGAUGAGAACUCUGGGCUACUUGGGCUCAGAACUUGCUUCAGAGACCGAAGAUCGACGCAGCCACCUGCUCAUACCUUGAAUCUUGAGCUCUGGGUUGUUUGGGCUCAGGGCCGACAGGGCAAGCCUGUUCGGGGUCUUAGGCAAAGCUGCCAGAGAUACGCCUCGCAGGAGAAUGUUCCAAGGGGGGCAUUCUGCGUAUCACAUUUCGCUUGUAGUAGCAAUUGGAUUGUGUUGUCCUCCUUGAGUCUCAUGGCCUUUUCCUGUUAGGAAGACAGACGCUCCCUAUAGCCCCAAGUUGCACCCUUAGGGCAUCUGCGCAUCCAGAGUACCAAAA